GUACGACACUAACCGCUUCCAGGGGCAUGUGGAUGAAGACCUGUUGUGCCCCAUCUGCAGUGGUGUGCUGGAGGAGCCCGUACAGAGAUGCUCUCCUUUCGUGGAUUUAAUGCCGGACAGAUCAGAAUGGGCAAAACUGUGUAUCAAAGCUUCAAACAGAAUGUCCGGGUCGUCCGACAGAUGAGUAGAAUCCACAUGAAGAGGGAGCAGGAAGGACAGGAGGGAGACAGAUCAGCUUUCAUAGAGAUGCAGUAGCACAGGAUAGGAGGGGAGAGGAGAGGAGAGUUGCAGAGAGAAGGAAGAGGAUGAGAAGAAGUGGUAGGGGGAUGGCUUUUCCCUUGCAGAUUUGAGUGCAAGGCUAAGUUGUCCUUGAGCAGCUCGAUGAGACGUGACGAUGAGCUAUUCGGAUGCAAGACAUGUUUGCUCCAAAAUAUUUCCACAACCUGAUGGUGGACAGGUAUGAGAUAAGUUAAGAGAGAGCACAGCUAUUCCCUGAUGAUUGAUUGGCAGACUGCUUGGAAGGAUACCCUGUGUGAUAAAAGACUGACAGGCUUUAUCGCGUAGAAUAACAAGAGCGCAAACACCCAGAGAUGCUUCCGCUGCAGGCCACGGACUGCGAGCACGCCUUCUGCAAUGCCUGCAUCACCCAAUGGAUCUCCCAGCAGAGCACCUGCCCCGUGGAUCGCUCCCAGGUCACGCUGGCCCAGCUGCAGCCGGUGCCCCGCAUCAUGCGCAACAUGCUGUCCAAGCUGCAGCUGAGCUGUGACAACAGUGCCUUCGGCUGCACGGCCGUGCUGCGACUCAGCCAGCUGCAGUCGCAUCUCAGGGAGUGCGAACACAACCCCAAGAAGCCAGUCAUGUGUGAGCGAGGCUGUGGGCUGGAAAUUCCCAAGGAUGAGUUGUCCCAACACAACUGUGUGGGGCACCUCCGCACUUUGGUUCAGAAGCAGCAAGGCAAGAUCGCAGAGCUGGAGAAAACGGCCUCAGAACACAAACACCAACUGGCUGAGCAGAAACGUGAUAUCCAGUUACUGAAGGCCUACAUGCGAGCCCUUCGCACGACCAACCCCAGCUUACAGAACCUGGAGGAGACCAUUGAGUACAAUGAGAUUCUAGAGUGGGUGGGUUCAUUGCAGCCAGCUCGUGUGACCCGAUGGGGAGGCAUGAUCUCCACGCCCGACGCUGUUCUACAGGCAGUCAUCCGACGCUCGCUGGUAGACAGCGGCUGCCCGCCGUCCAUCGUUGGCGAUCUGAUCGAGAACGCCCACGAGCGGAACUGGCCCGGCGGACUGGCCACGCUGGAAACGCGGCAGAUGAACCGCCGCUACUACGAACUGUACGUGGCUAAGCGCAUCCCGGGAAAACAGGCAGUGGUGGUGUUGGCCUGUGAGAACCAACACAUGGCUGAAGACAUGAUCCUUGAGCCUGGUCUCGUCAUGAUCUUUGCCCAUGGAGUGGAGGACAUUUUGUAGUCUGGGUGCAAUAGUAACGUAGGCCAUCACUUGGACGUUGAAGUAAAACUGAAUAAGGUAUUAGUUUAACACGUGUUGGAAGAUACUGGAGGACAGUCUGACGUUCUAGUCACUCAGUUGAUUAUGUGAUUAUGCUGCAAGUUUGUGGUUUAGAUUUGCAGUUAACUCUGUCUCUCCAUUUUCAACACCAGACGAAAUGACUGACUCAGAGGAAAUGCUCAUGUUGUUUUACCUUAUAUAGACUGGGGAUACAUAGAAAACAGUUUAUGUUGCAUGGGGUGAGAACUUGAUCAUGUUAGCAUGAAAUGCAGAAAUGUUGUGGUGGAAGUGUCUGAACUGAAGUUCACAUAUCACUAACACUAACACUCACACACUCACAAACACACAGAGACAUAAAUAACCCCAGCAACUUUUCUGUAUUUGUGUAAAAUUCCCUAACGACAUUAACACAAGACUCUGAAGACAGGACUCUGCUGUGCUGUGAAAAAAGCAAGAGGGUUUGAGCAUUUGAAGCUGCUGUGACCAUGGUCAUGUUGAUCUAUAAAAUAGCCUGGCUCCUAACAACAAAUACAGCACUGCAAGCUUUAGAAUACCUCACAUAUUCCUCACUCUAUUUUUGUGUGGUUUGUCAAAUAUUGUGCAGUUUUGAGAGAACAAUGCAAUCCAAGGUUUUAUGACUUUCUCUGUAAUAGUCUUGGUCAUUGUUGGACAGUAUGUCGAAAGUAGAGGUGGGAGCUGGUACACUGUACAUCUUUGCAGUGUUUACAUUUUUCGGGGAAUGGAUUUGCCCAGAAAUCUGAACUCAUUUUAGCCCUAAUCCCUUAGCAGCAUAGUUAUAAUGAUAGUUCCUUGGACACCGCUUCUGAUAAGCUUGACCAUAUCUGCUUUUCUUCCUUCCUUUUAGUGUUUAAAUCUUCAUUUUUAAUAUUUUCCAACACAUUUCUUUUCUUUUACAGAACAAUGUACUGUAAUCAUUUUAGUGAAGUAAACUCUUCUUCCACACAUUCAUGGAAAGAGCCAACAAAACCAAAACAUCAAAGCAAUAUCAAUGUAUGAACUUUCAUACCCUUAUACACAGUAAAACGGAUUAGAUUGAGAGCAGUAGAAUGUUCAGGGCUGUUUUUGGUCUAAUUUCCUAAUGGCUUAUUUGUAAAUGGAUUUAAAAAUGUAUUGUUUCUGUUUUAAGUGCCCUAAAGGGUUUGAUCGUAAAUGUUUAAUGCAUGAUUCAUGAAUGUUUUUUUUUUUUUUUUUUUUAAAUGGCUCAGGAAGUGAUGAGUCACUCAUCCAAGAUUUUGUUUACUUUUUUUUUGAGUGUUGUGAUUUGCAUUCAGUAUUUUUUUUGCUUGUGACAGUGUUGCAAGUUGUAUACAGAAUAUAAUGUCUGUGUACCCAUUGAAGAAGAUAUUCCCUGUAAACACUCCAAUAUGAAUUAUAUUUCUUGUCUUUGA